UUUACAAGCACACCCUCCUUCAUAAACAAACCUCUCAUCACGCAAGACCCAUCCUUCCUUUCUCUUUCCAACUCAGUCCGAGUCAAAAUGCUGGACCGGUGCAUCGGGACUCACCGAGUCCGCCAGAUCCAAAGAGCUAUCCGCCACGGAAAAAUCACACUUCUCUGCCUCUGCAUGACCGUGGUCGUCCUACGUGGCACAAUCGGCGCCGGCAAGUUCGGUACGCCAGAACAAGACUUCAACGACCUCAAAAACCACUUCUACGCAGCUCGCAAACACGGCGAGCCACACCGAGUUCUCACCGAGUCUAACCAGGCCAACAACAACAAGAACGACGAAGCAAGUAAUGCUGAUGGUGCGAAUAAUUAUGCCACAUUUGAUAUCAACAAGAUUUUGGUCGAUGAAGGGGAAGAUGAGAAGCCGGAUCCGAAUAGACCGUACAGUUUGGGUCCGAAAAUAUCCGAUUGGAAUCAACUGCGAGAGAAAUGGUUGAGUGAAAACCCUAGUUUUAGCAAUUUUAUUAAGCCUAACAAACCGCGUGUUUUGUUAGUUACAGGAUCGUCGCCGAAACCUUGUGAGAAUCCGGUAGGGGAUCAUUACUUGUUAAAAUCUAUAAAAAAUAAGAUAGAUUAUUGUAGACUCCAUGGAAUAGAGAUAUUUUAUAACAUGGCAUUGCUUGAUGCGGAAAUGGCUGGGUUUUGGGCGAAAUUGCCUUUGAUUAGGAAGUUAUUGCUUUCGCAUCCGGAGGUUGAGUUCUUGUGGUGGAUGGAUAGUGAUGCUAUGUUUACAGAUAUGGCUUUUGAGGUGCCGUGGGAGAGGUAUAAGGAUUCAAAUUUUGUAAUGCACGGGUGGAAUGAGAUGGUUUAUGAUGAAAAGAAUUGGAUUGGAUUGAAUACUGGGAGUUUUUUGCUGAGGAAUUGUCAAUGGUCUUUGGAUCUUUUGGAUGCGUGGUCACCAAUGGGACCGAAAGGGAAGAUUAGAGAUGAAGCAGGGAAGGUGCUUACCAGGGAACUUAAGAAUAGGCCGGUUUUCGAAGCGGAUGAUCAGUCUGCAAUGGUUUAUUUAUUGGCUACACAAAGGGAUAAGUGGGGUGAUAAAGUGUAUUUAGAGAAUGCUUAUUAUUUGCAUGGUUAUUGGGGGAUCUUGGUUGAUAGAUAUGAGGAAAUGAUUGAGAAUUAUCACCCAGGUCUGGGUGAUCAUCGUUGGCCGCUUGUCACUCACUUUGUGGGGUGCAAACCUUGUGGGAAGUUCGGAGAUUAUUCAGUGGAGAGGUGUUUGAAGCAGAUGGAUCGGGCGUUUAAUUUUGGGGAUAAUCAAAUUCUGCAGAUUUAUGGGUUUACUCAUAAAUCGCUGGCUAGUCGGAGAGUUAGGCGAGUGAGAAAUGAGACUACCAAUCCACUUGAAGUGAAGGAUGAGCUUGGCUUGCUUCACCCUGCAUUUAAAGCUGUCAGGGUAUCAACAACAUCUUGAGAGCUUUGAUAAUGUAUUCCACCGCAAGCUGCUGGUAUUUUUUCGUUUUAAGUUAUAGUGUAUGUCAAUUUGCUCGCAGUUGGUGUUAUUGCUUGUAGAAGUACUGGAAAUCUGUAUGUUCUUUUCCUAAUUUUGUGCUAUCAGUGUUUAAAUUAUAUUGAUUUUUGAAGGAUA